AUGAAUAGCAAGAUUUUUGCUGCAAUAUUUGUACCAGUCGUAAUCGUUUCGCUGUUAAUCACAGCCGUGUGUUGUCUCAGGUCCUGGCUGGGGUUUUCUGAGAGCUACCGACUUGAUGUUCCAUUAUAUCAGCAGCAUGACGGUCCUGACCUUGAAGAAUAUUCCCAUUGUGUAUCUCAGCUAAGGAUUUCCGAUGACGUGAAGAAAGAAGUCGAAAUCUUAUUCCAGGAAAAACCAAAGACUUUAAACCUGAAUGAAUUCUGUGAGGUUUUCCCGACCACGCAGUAUGCGAGUUUCCGAAAAAACGUUUCUGAUGAAGAAGAGUCGUGCGUUAUUUGCCAGGAACAAUUUAACGAGCUCAAUAACAUUAGAGUGCUGGGGUGCUCGCACAUAUUUCACUCGCACUGCAUUGAUCGCUGGAUAUGUAGAAAUUCUGCGUGUUGUCCUCUUUGUAAGCGCUCAUACUCGUUACCAGUCGGUUCUUGUCAUGUGAUUGCGUACAUUGAGAAGAGAUUAGGCCCAAGGUAUAACUUGGACAGCUCGAUUACAAGGAAAGAAAGUGCAUGGCUUGAUGUUUAUCCAGAUCUUCAAGAAUUUGCAGAUAAAAAACUAAUCCGCUAUAGUUCCAAGGCCUGGAGUGCAGCCUUAAUAUUUUGUCUUGCGACAAAGUCAAAAUUGCGAGGCAUCAUUAUUAUCCGGGAAGGGCAUCGGAGAUAUGAUCUCAUGAUGUCCGUAGAAGAAUUACAAAUGGAAAUAUUGAGGAAUGAACUGCGCAUGCCAAGUCAUGAGCAGCGGCACCGGUAG